CAGCACGAUGCAUUACUUUGGACAGUUAAUAACAAUCACGACAGUGUAGGACACACUAAUUUAAAUCAUAAAUCAUUCAUAAUUGGUCAGUUUUAAGUUCAAAAUGAAGUUACAUCUAGUGUUAGUAGUGUCGUUAAUGUUAAUAGCAAGUUCUAAUUGUGGUCUCAUCGAUGGACUACUCGGAACAGUAAAAGACACCACAAGUUCUAUCACACAUGGCAUUGGUGGUGUUGUGCGCAGUGGCAAGAACUUCGUCUUCGGAGGAACAGAAACAACUGCAGAAGGCAGAACUGUGACAAAACCAGGUAUAGUUGGAACAAUAUCUAUGAAAAUACACGAUGUUUCACACGCAGUUAGAGAAGAAGUGAGAUCUGUGCUGUUCAUGUUUGAUGGAGAUCAAGAACAAGGACAAAGAGGAGUCAUAGGAAGAUUGUACGAUAGAAUGACAGGUCGUAUUUACAGAGUAAAGGGAUUCUUAUUUGGCAACAGCAGCAAACCAAACGAGAACGUAACAUACCCGCCGUUCAAGAAACUCGAAGGUGAUACCACAGUUUUAACUGACAGCCUGAAAAAACACUUCUUUAAGAAUAACACGAAUAGUUCUGGGAUCCAAAAAACGUUAGUGACCUUACAUGAUGCGAUUUAUAGGAUUCGUCACAAUAUGACGAGAAAUAACCAGGGUUCGAAUAAUUUUAAUGUAAAUAAGAUGGAUGAUGAAGAAGAUGGUGUGGGUCUGCUUGAUGUUCGAGCUUCUAUGACUGAUAUGGGUGCGGGAGCGAGAACUGACUUCGUAAACGGAGUAGACGCAGCAUACGAUAAGGUCAACGAGAACUUCAAUGCAGGACGGCAAAAAGCAAAAUCUUCUGUAGCAGAUGCGAAACAGAACACGCAAAAUUUUAUUGAAAACCAAAAGAAAAAUAUGCAGAAUAACUUAGAAAAUGAUGCUAAAAAGUUCAAAAGUGAUGUUGAUAACUCUCUUGAUGGUCUAGGGACAAAGAUGAAUGAAGAAUCCGAUUCGAUUAAAAAAUUGUUGGAGAAUGGUUACAGUCAAGUUAAUUUUGGUGCUCAUUAAAGAUUCAACUUUCCUUAAGAUUAUGUCCACGCUAAGAAGAAUAUUUUGUUAUUGAAGUGUAAUUAAAUGAAUUAAAAU